CUCGUUCUCUCUCGCCCCCUCCCUCUCUCGCUCGCUCUAAGUUCCGUAGCAGGAUCCAGUCUCAGUCUCCAGUCGGUGGUGUUGGUUUGGUGAGCGCUGGCUCUCUCCGCACGUCAGGCACAGCUAGAGACACAGGCAGAGCCGAGCACUCCCACAGCCAGGCCAAAUGCCGAUAGAAAUAGUUUGCAAGAUUGCCUUUUCGGAGGAAGAGGAGAAGCAGAAGGCGACGAGGGAAUGUGACAAGGAGAGCUUGCUGGAGGAGGAGAGUGGAGCUCCCCCCAGCACCCUGUCUGCCUUCGCUGACACCUGCACCCUACAUGGGCUGAGCCAGAUACUGGGGCGAGGGGGAGGCGGGGGGCUGAGGCGGGGGGUCUGGACGAUGGCCUUCCUGGCCUCUCUCGGUCUCUUCCUGCACCAGGUGGUGAGCAGUGCAGUGCUGUACCUGCAGCACCACCACGUCACCGCAGUGGACGAGCAGAAUGGCCGGGAGAUCGCCUUCCCCGCCAUCACCAUCUGCAACAUCAACCGCUUCCGACACACCGCCCUCACUGACGCUGACAUCUUCCACCUGGCCAACAUGACCGGGCUCCCGCCCAAGAACAAGGCCGCCAACAAGGGCUACGCCAAGGCCAACAUGGAGGACAUAUUUAACCGCACUGGUCACCAGAUGAAGGAGAUGCUGAAGAACUGUAACUUCAGUGGAGUUCAGUGUCUGCCCAUUAAUUUCUCCGUGGUGUACACCAGGUACGGCAAGUGCUACACGUUCAACUCAGGCAGAGAGCACAUGGAAAACCAAGCAGGGGGCAUGGGCAACGGGCUGGAGAUCAUGAUGGACAUCCAGCAGGAGGAGUAUCUGCCCAUCUGGCGAGAGACUGAUGAAACCUCAUUCGAGGCUGGAAUCCGUGUUCAGAUCCACAGUCAGGAUGAGCCUCCGUACAUCCAUGAGCUUGGCUUCGGAGUUCCGCCGGGUUUCCAGACCUUUGUGUCCUGCCAGGAACAGCGGCUGACCUACCUGCCUGAGCCGUGGGGCAACUGCAAAUCAGAGCUUCCCAACAGCAACGUUCCCGGUUAUGUCAAUUACAGCAUCACGGCAUGCCGGCUCAACUGUGAGAAACAGGCCGUGUUGAAGGCUUGUGGCUGCAGAAUGGUCCACAUGCCAGGUAAUGAAUCAAUCUGCAGUCCAGAGGACUAUAUGGAGUGCGCUGAUAAGACACUGGACGAUCUAGUGAAGAAAUCUAACGAGACCUGCCCGUGCGUGACCCCCUGCCACACCACGCGCUACAACAAGGAGCUGUCCAUGGUGAGGAUUCCCAGCCGAGGCUCUGCCAAGUUUCUGGCUCACAAGUUCAACACCACCACAGACUACAUCAGGGAGAAUUACCUGGUCCUGGACAUCUUCUUCGAAGCCCUGAACUAUGAGACUAUUGAGCAGAAGGAAGCUUACAGUGUGGAGGGGCUGCUGGGUGACAUUGGGGGGCAGAUGGGGCUGUUUAUUGGAGCCAGUAUCCUCACCGUCCUGGAAAUCAUUGAUUACAUCUAUGAGGUGAUCCGGGUUAAGGCACAGCGUACGUUCCAACGGCAAAAGCCUCAGAGAGAGAGCAAGGACCCCAUCGCUACCCUGGGGCUGGCCGACAUGAAGCCGAGUUCCCGCGAGGCACUGAGCAGCCUAUCUGACGGGAGCCCCUACGCCACCAACCUGCUGCCAUACCACCACAGGCCGCCCUUCGAGGACUUUGCCUGUUGA